AUGUCGUCAAAUCCUGCAAAACGGGCGAGUUUAAUCUUAGAUGAUGGCACCAUAUAUAAAGGAAAGCUGUUUGGAGCCGCUGAGUGUGUCGCUGGCGAAGUGGGUAGGUCUAAACUUCUCCUUACACGUAAUAUGUCGAGUCGAUUUCAGUACAUCCCGCCUGUUCGAAUCGAAGCUACUGGCUUACUUUCAGCAGACUUCUUUAGAAUUUGUUUUGUUUUAUUGUUAUUUAUUUAAAUUAGAAAAGCAUUAUUAGGUCUUCUUUUUCGAGGAUAGCGUUAAUUUUGGGCUAUUAAAGUGUAUGUUAUGGCGAGUUUCGAUUCGUGACUCGCUGUUGUCGGUGUUGACAAUGUAGUGUUCGAGAUUGGGAAAAUGGUUGGAAGUAACGAAUAAAUUUACUUUGCCACUUUAAAUUUAGUUCCAAAAGAGUCAUAGGACAAAUUCAAUCGGAAAUCAAACGAAUUAAUAAUUGAGGUUAUCGGGAUUUUUUUACAUAAAUUCGAACUCCGACUUAUCUAACCAGUGCGCUGGUGUUGCACGUGGAUUGAAAUGCUUAUAAAAGACCCCGUAUGUGAGGCAAGGAACCGGAUGUUUCUCAGUUACCGCAGGAGCAUAUCACAAUAGGCUCCUGGUUACCGGAAGUGUUAGCCGACACGUACACAUUGGAUGGAAUGUUGAUUUUAUAAAUUCACAAGCUAUAAUAAAAAAUGCUUAGAGAAUUUAUCUCCUUGAAUUCAAUAAAUAUAUUUCUUAGUUCAAAAUGUCUACAUUUAAAUUUGUUUUUUGUUUUUGCUAUUUUAAAAUAAACUUUAUUACAAACAGUACAAUUCAUUACAUUCAAUUGAUUUAAAUUUUGUUGAAAGUCAUAGUUAAAGGAAACCUUGCUUUACAGCUUAACUUGUGCAUAAAAUGCAUUAAACAAAAUUUAAUGGAACUUGGUUUAUUACUAGAUUUAGGGCCAACUUUAUCGUGCGUCCAUGUAAUCAUUGGCAUCGUUUUUGUUUUAGUACUUCUUAUAGAGUGAGAAAACAGCCAUUUUGUGACACCACCACUGGUUUCCUGUGAAAUGAGGUCUGAGGAAUAAGCACAGAAAUUUCAUACUGGUGGCACAUCACUACCCAUGGGUAGUGUUGUGCGAUUAGGGACUGUUCAUUUUCAAUGGUGAUUGACAUUUUUUCCCUAAUGAAACGUUUGAUUGGUAUGCUUUUUUCCUUGUAGUGGAUUAGGAUAAUUGCUUUUUGAUGCGUAAUAAAGUAGCGGUUCAAGGAGCAUGCUUCCCCGGAAAAAUCUGAACUUUCUGAAUGUUAGAAAUGCUGGUCUUUGGCAUUCUGGUAGGCUGUUUGCAAUAAAAAAAAUAUUAUUACAAAUGUUGUCACUGCAAAAUUUGGAGGAAUUUUUUGGUGACCCUCCCUUUAAUUUUCCUCUGACUCCCCUUUCUCUUUAAAGCCACGUUUUUCACAGCUCCCCUCAAAUCCCACCAGCCCCCCUACCCUUACCUGAUAACAAAAUGAACGGUCUUGUAGUAUGGAAUUUAUGUGCUCAUUCCUCAGGUGUCAUUUCAUGAGGAAACCAGUGGUGGUGUCAAAAAAUGUUGGCUGUUUUCUGAGUCUCUUCAUCUUACUAGUACAUGUGUAAAAACUUUGUGAUUGCAUCGCAAAUUUUCCUUUUGGUGAAAAUUAGUGUGAAAACUAAUAUCACGAACUUUGAUACAAUGUAAACAUUAAUAACAAAACAAUACUUAAACAUUUAUAACAAUACAAUACGUCCUUUGUGUAAAAUUAGAGCUAUUGUAAAAUAAUAGCAGAUCAAAAAGUGAAAAUUUUUGGGUAAAAAAAAAUGAUACAUUUAUUUGCAUAACAUUACCGGUUAGUAUAUUUCUCUUCCUCUGCUGCUCCGUCUUCUGUAUUAUCCUUUGCUGUCUGUAAACCUCUAAUGUGCAGUUAUUAAAUUUUAUCUGUUUAACGUACAUGCACGUACUGUCAAUAAUGUAGUUUUUUUGCCUACACUGUAGUAUUUCAAACAGGGAUGGUAGGAUAUCCAGAGUCCCUUACAGAUCCAUCUUACAGAUCGCAAAUUCUCACACUAACUUAUCCUCUGAUUGGAAACUACGGAGUUCCAGAAGGAAAGAAAGAUUCUCAUGGAAUAACCACUGAGCUUGAAUCAGACAAAAUCUGGGCAUCAGCAUUGAUAGUGGGGGAUUAUGUGGAGGAGUACAGUCACUGGAAUGCAAAGAAAUCACUUUCACAGUGGCUUAUUGAAGAGGGAGUCCCAGGAAUUAGUGGUGAGUUGAUCUUUGUUAUCUUUUGUUUUAUCACCAGACUGGAUCCAUUCUAUCCCUCAUAGAAUGAAGAAUGAAUGUUAUAAAGGGCUGUUUCAUUUAACCUGGGGGAGUGGGGGGAGGAUAAUCAGUCUUUAAAUUUUUGGAUAGAAGUAUGUGCCCCCAGGACCCUAGAACUCUCAGCUUGUCCUAGACCAUUGUUAGUUGCAGUUUUCAGGCUUGUCACUAAGAUUUCAAGUUGCCGGGUAAAUACAACAAGCAGGCGGGGAAUCAAAUGGCUAGGGAUUUCUUUUGGUUCUAUUUUUCUUCUAUUUUCCAAUAAAAGUAGCCGGGGGCCACUCUCUUAGUGGCCGGGGAAAAUCCCUGGCCCCUGGGUCUUAAUGACAACCCUGAGUUUUGCUCUCCUAUUCUAGAUUAGGCUCCAAGUGUCUCUACCUUACCCCAGACUAACUGUGACCAGAAACUACAUUCUUUAUACAUGUGGUUAAUAAUUUAUUCUUCACCAUGGCUCAUACAUGUACCUAUUAUAACCUUAAUGCCCACAUCGCAAAUGGAGGUGAGGGGUCAAGGAACUAGAAACACAAUCUUGCUCCAACACGCUAGAAAACCUGACUGGUGUGCCCAAAAUGGUAACCCAGCCUGCGCAGGAUCAAGCUUUCCCACUAAAAGCACUCAUCACACUAAAGCCAGAAGACUCAGUUAGUAGAAGAAAAACAAUAAUGCAAACCCUGGACAAGGGACCCUGUGGAAAAAAAAGGUGGAGUAGGUUCAGCUGUAUAAGGGGGGUACUAACAGUGCUUAGUUAUAAAGAAUUUAACUUCAGGCUAUCACAAUCACAUGAGGAGAAAAUGCCUGCACUUACCUCAGAUACUACUAGACAAGGCCUGCCCUAGUGCUCCAAGAACCACACUAAUACUGCAUAAAAUGCUAAUAAAUGCUUGAAAUUGCUACUGACGAGACUUUUGCUCCUUGUUAAUAACUGUUUUUAAAACCAUUGAUGUUGUUUGGUAGUACCCACCAUACAGUGGGACAUUAAAUCUGUCACCUACACUGGUUUGAGCUCACUUGAUGUGCAUAUUAUGGGUGCAGUGAUGCUACCAUAUAGUUGGUCAAAGAAAAGAAAUAUAGAAAAAUGGGUACAUUACUCACUGGAGCUACCGAUUCAAGAAAUACAAGUAAUGACAACCCUCUGUCUCAUGAACUUGGUAAAUGGCCUACAUGUAGCUGUAACCAUUUUUUUCUUCUUUUGUUCCAAAAGGAUAAAAGCAGCAUAAGGUCAUACCAAAAGUUUAUAUAAGCUUUCAUGUAUUUGUCCCCUUCCAAUCAGUCAUCAGAAUAAUAACCGACAAUGUUAACAAACAUCACAGUCAACAUAUGGAUAUACUGUAAAGCACAAAAAUGAAAAUUAAACUGGUGCACAUGCAUCUCUCAACUUUGACUGGUUAAAAAACGUUUUUACUGUUGUCAUCAAGGCUGUUCUCUAGUAGUGCCCGGUAGUCCCUUGGACCUAACUUUUGCUCCUGGGUGACUAGAAAAUCUUAGAUUUUUCAUAGAAAUCAUGUGCUGGGCACCCUGGAGUUCACAGGUUCUUUCUUUUGUUUCAGUGGCAAUAGCCUCCAGGUUCACAGCACUGUGUUCCCUUCAAUUUUCCUUAGAGCACAGCCUUGUGUUAUUAAUCAAACCCAAAGGAUAUGAAGAUUUGGUGCUCUAAUAUUAUUUAAAUUAUUUGGUUAGGUAUUGACACUCGAGCACUUACUAAAAAGAUCAGAGAGGAAGGAAUGACGUUAGGAAAAAUUGUAAUAGAAGGUGUUGAUCCAGCAACUGUUCAGUUUGAUGAUCCAAAUAAGAGGAAUCUGGUUGCUGAGGUUUCAUCUAAGGUUUGU